AUGUGGCAGGAGAUCACCCGGUACUUUCAGCCCAAAGAUGUCGCAAGCAAAAUGUACCUCACAAAGUUCUACCCAAACAAGUUUGGGUUGUUCAUCGACAUUCGGUCCAUGUUAGACAUCACAGUGCACGGAAACGACGUCCGUCUUGUGAACACCAAAGACGGUGUGUUCCUUGAGAUUUACAGAAAGAAAUCUGGCUCGAGAAAUGUGAAUUGCUACGCUUUCACAGUCAGCGAUGCUCAGAUGAACAUCAUGGACAAACAGCUCUAGUCUUUGCAACGUUGCACCCAAAAAACAUUCCGUUUAAAACACUGAUCGUGGGCCCGACAUCCUCCGGCAAAACCCAAUACCUCGUUAACCAGCUGGGAGGCCCUUUUCGAGGCAAGCUCGACCGCAUGGUGUUGAUACGCCCAACCUUUGUGUACAACAGAACCUACGACGGGUUUAAGGACAGCGAUUCGCGCAUGUUUGCCAUUGACUACCCGAAGGAGGAGGUCGAAGAGUACAAGGAACUGAUGGCAAAGACCUGCGCCAUCCAUUUGGAAUCAAACUUUUUAAUUAAUAUAAGCAGAAUGUCUGAACAGGAGGCGCUCAACGAAGUGAUGCAAAUGCUGGAGGCCACUCCAGACAGUUCGAAACCCUCCGAUUUUCCAGUUUUGCUCCCUGCCAACAACAUUCCAGAACAACGCGAAAAGCUGGCUGUGCAUGUUUCUACAGGCAACUCCAAGGAGGCGCUUCGCGCCCAACUUUCUCAUGAACAGCUGAAACGCCUCUCGGACAAAGAGGUGGAGAAAAUUUACAAAUGA